GUUGGCACCCAUGACAGUUAGAAAGUGCAUGAUGUAAGAUGGUGUCAUAUUGAUGUAUUUUGUAACAGUGACUACAACGUCAUAUAAUAAAGAUAUAACAUGGCGCAGUCGACAGGAUUUUGUGUUUACCUUAAAUGAUUAUACUAAGUAACAAGACCGGGCCAGUAACCACAGUGAAAGUAGGUGCUAAGUAAAAUAUUCGUAUGUAAACAAUGGCCGUGGGUGGCGGAGUUAAGUUGCCACCUGAUUUGGACUUACAUAGCAAAAAUGCAUACGCGGACUGGAAGUUUUGGGAGUCAGAAUUUGAAGACUACCUUGUGAGUACUGGACAAGACAAUGCCCCAGACAAGGUUAAAAUUUCACUUUUGCGAAACAUCAUGGGCAGUGAUUCCUCUCGCAUUUUGCAAACUGUUGACAUGGUGGAAGAGGAUAAGAAAAGUUAUGUUAAGUGGAAGCAGGCCAUAGAAAGGUACGUCCGACCCAGGAUCAAUGAGGUCUUUGAACGAUAUGUGUUUGCUCAGAGGUGCCAAGAAGAAGGGGAAAGCUUUGAGCAUUUUUUCACUGCCCUACGACAUCUCGUGAAGAACUGUAAUUAUAAUAACACCACCGGUGAGAGUGCGGAAAACAAGAUGCUGCGGGAUCGUAUAGUUCAUGGUGUACUAGACAAGGCCGUCCAAGAAGCUUUACUACGAGUUGAUAACCUCACAUUGGAAAAAGCGGCAGCACAUUGCAGAGCGUGUGAGCAGAGCAAGCAACAAGCACAUCUAAUACACAGCAAGAAUGGUGAUAGUGAGUCUGACACUGUUUUAAUUAGUGCGGUUAGUAAAAGCUCAAGUGAACAGCGUCAGAGGCCGGUGAAAGAUGGGGAAACAAAGGGAGAAUUUCAGUGCAGGCGAUGCCAGUCAGUGCACGGACCCAAAGCAUGCCCAGCAUAUGGAAAGAAAUGUGCUAAAUGCGGAGUCCUGAAUCACUUUGCAAGGUCAUGUAGAGUUCGUAAGGUACAAGUUGUGGAGCGAAUUGAAUUAUCCAGCUCGCAAGAGAGUCUUUAUUGUGAUAGUGUCAGUGUAUGUCCUGUUGAUAUUAGGGGUCGCAUAAAAAGCCACAGAGACAGCAGUAGUGCUUCCUACCCCAAUGAGUGGCAAGAAAAAGUAAGCAUUGAAGGCGUAAAAAUGAUGGUGAAGCUAGACACCGGCGCACAGGUUAGUGUACUUCCACUUCAGGUUUUUAAAAAAGUGGACAAGCAGUUUAGGGUUGAGCCUACGAACGUGAAAUUAAAGACUUUGGAUGGUGUUAUCACACCUGUGGGUAAAGUAACCUUGAACUGCCAAGCUACGAGAGCUGAAGCUUAUAUAGACUUUAUGGUAGUGGACUUGGAUGUUGUGCCAUUGCUCGGGUUACCAGGAUGCAUACAACUGAACUUAGUGCAGCGGGUGCACUCUGUUGACAACAGGACGGCGAAAGACAGUUUUGUGCGACAAAAUGAAGAUGUGUUUCAUGGCCUGGGUUGCUUUCCUCAAGAAGGCGGUGGCUGAGAGGCGUGUCGCUGUCCGUGUCGCUCGAUGAUGAAGAUGGUGAUGUUGCAGGCGACAUCUCUGCAUCCGAGUCUUCCUUCUUAAUGAUCUUGUGAGUCUGCAACACAAUCAGAUUACAGGUGAUGUAGCAGAGCACACUAAUGUUUUCCACGAUUGGUGGUUCUCACUGAAGUUGGCUGCAGUGUAAUAAAAGACUUUUGUUCGACUUAUCAAGAUGCAACUUCUUGCAGUGUGUGUGUGUGUGUGUGUGUAAUGAUGGUCUCGUAAAACGUGCUGUAUAUUAAGAACCAUCAAUCAUGAAGUUGACGGCAAUGCCAAGAUGGCGAGUGAAAUAAUUGUGUAGAUGGGUGAGAUUGUGGAGUAAGAUUGUUUAAGAAAGGAUGCAUGUGUGUAAACCAACAGUGCAUUAUCAUUGGCCACAGACCCAAGACAU